CGGGGACACUCCCCCCUCCGCCCUCGGGAAGCCCCUCCCGGGUCCCCCCCUCUGCGAGGACUCCCCAGAUGAGCGUGACCGGGGGGCACCUUUGGGUGCUCUGAGCAGACCCCCCCCAGCGAUGUGAGCCCCCCGUGCGAUGCCCAGCGCAGGAUGGAGCCCUCCCUGCCCUCCCCGUGGGGCUGGAACGGCUCCCGAGGAGGGGGGGCCCGGCCCCCCAACAACGGCAGCGCCGAGGGCAAGGCCAAGGACGGCGGGGGGGCCGCGCGGGCCGUGGGGCUGCUCUUCAUGGUGCUGCUCGACCUGACGGCGCUGGUGGGCAACGCGGCCGUGGUGGGGGUCAUCGCCCGCACCCCCGCGCUGCGCAAGUUCGUCUUCGUGCUCCACCUGUGCCUCGUGGACCUGGUGGCCGCGCUGACGCUGAUGCCGCUGGAGAUGCUGGUGGGCUCGGCGCUGGGGGGCUCGCCGGGGCUCUGCCGCGUCUACCUGUUCCUGCUGGUGUGCCUGAGCUCCGUGUGCAUCCUCUCCAUCUCCACGCUCAGCCUGGAGCGCUACUACUCGGUGGUGCACCCGCUGCGCUACGAGGCGCACAUGACGCCCACGCUGGUGGCCGGGGUGCUGGCGGCCGUGUGGCUCAAGGCCGUGGCCACCUCGGUGGUGCCGGUGCUGGGCUGGCUGUCCCCCCCCGAGCGUCCCCCCGCGCCGGGCUGCUCGCUGCAGUGGAGCCCCGGCGCGCCCUGCGUGGUGUUCGUGGCGUUCCUCGCCGCCUUCUACUUCGCGCUGCCGCUGCUCGUCAUCGUGCUCACCUACUGCGCCAUGUUCCGCGUGGCCCGCGUGGCCGCCGCCCAGCGCGGCCCCCUCCCCACCUGGCUGGAGACCCCCCCCCCGGCCCGCCGGCGCUCGGCCUCACUCAGCAGCCGCUCGCCGAUGGUGACCCCCCCGUGCCCGGGGGGAGCCCCCCGCAGCACCCCGCACAGGACGCCGGGCGCGGGGGGGGGCAAGGCGGCCGCGGUGCCGCUGGCCGUGGGGGGCCAGUUCCUGCUCUGCUGGUUGCCCUUCUUCUCCUUCCAGCUCUACGCGGCGCUGGGGGGGGCGCGGGGGGGCGGCGCGGCCGAGACCGUGGUGACCUGGCUGGGGUUCUGCUGCUUCACGUCCAACCCGUUCUUCUACGGCUGCCUCAACCGGCAGAUCCGCGCCGAGCUGGGCCGGCUCGUGGCGACCCUCCUCAAGCAGCCCCCCGAGGAGGGGCUGCGCCUGCCCAGCCGCGAGGGCUCCAUCCAGGAGAACUUCCUGCAGUUCCUGCAGAGCACGGGCAGACCCCCCGAGCCCCCCCCGGGCACCCCCAGACGGGACCUGCCCCCCUCCACGGGCACCCCCAGACGGGACAUGCCCCCGCCGGGAACCCCAAAACGGGACCGGGCCCCCACCCCAGACGGCCCCAAAGGGGACCUGCCCCCCCCGGGCACCCCAAAACGGGACCUGCCCCCCCCGUCCCUGUCACCCCUGUGGGGGGUCGGGGGUCCCAAACGGGACCUGCCCUCCCCGUCCCUGUCACCCCUCUGGGGGAGCGGGGGUCCCUCGGCCGUCCCCAAACGGGACGCGUCCCCCCCUUUCCCCCCCGUGGAUUUUCGCAUCCCGGGGCAGGUGGGGGAGGACGGGGGGGAAGGGGGGGAGUGGGGAGGGGGCGAUGGGGCGUGGGUGAAUCCCCCCGGGGGGUCGGGCAGGGCGGGGCUGUAG